CUGUCCGUGGUGCUGAAAGCAGGAUCGGCUCUGUCCAGGGUGCUGGAAGGCUCAUGGGGCCUGGAUCUCAUCCGUGGACACCACUGGAGAAUUCAAAGCUUCGUGCUGUGUUCAGGCAUAAAUGAGUUCAAAGAUAGAUCAAAGUAAGUGACAAAGUAUUUUUGUUGUUGUUGUUUUCCCUCCCUCUGUUUUCCGCUGUCUGUCUUUCUCUCUGUCUGUAUGUCUGUCUGGCCAUCUCUCCUGUCUGUCUGACAAUGAUUUUACCCUCUUAAUCGUUCCCCCAUGCUACGCUGUCUGCUUGUUGUAAACCUUUCACCCAACCCUCUGUCACAUAGAUGAGUCAAGACACAGAGACAAGAACGCGAGCUCGCUCCAAAGCCAUCCGGGGUGAGUGUGAGCACUGACAAGCCUGCAUGCAGAGAGGAGAACAGAAAGUGAGACUCGAUUCCCAAAGGUCUGAUCUCCUCACUCUGUCUCACGUCUCAUUCAUAUUCUGAAAACCCAGUCCAGUCACGUCAAGAGCAUUAGAAAGCUGAGAAACUUGCGCGUUGUAUCAGAUAUUUUCUUUUAUUCGUUUUUGGUUUAUUAAGUCAAUCAUUCGUCCUUCCAGCAAAUCAGAAAUUAUAAAUAAGCAGAUUGCUGACACCAAUAAAACUCCAAAAAUGAUCAAAUUGUGAUGAAGUUCAAAUUUUCUUUUGACUCAUUUUCGAAAGUGAAACUUAUGUAACAUAUAGAUUCAUUGCACAGAGAAAAAAUAUUGAAAUCCUUUAUAUCUGAGAAUUUUGAUGAUCGUAGCUUACAGACAAUUACAGAUUUGAAUAUUAACAUCAGACUAAUGAAAAGGAUGUUUCAAAUGAAAGCUUUUGAAGCGUGUGUUUACUUCCAUGCAGAAUGAAGUAUAUAAAGUGCCUUAAAAUUUACUGAUGUAUGACUAUAUUUACCGUGUGAAUGAGCUCCAACAGAUGACAUGGCACCCCAAAUCAUCACCGCCUGGAACCUUCACUCUGGAAUCCAAGCAACUUGGAUUCUGUUAUAAAGCCCAUUUCACAUCAGCUGAGGAAGUUGGGCAAAAUAAAGCCAGUUCCUUUUACAGAACAAGUUGGACAAGCAAUGAAGCUGGAAAUGAGCUGUCCCACCCCUGGAUGUGAUGGCAAAGGUCACGUCAGUGGAAGAUAUUCCAGACACAGAAGCGCGCUAGGGUGCCCAAUUGUAAAGAAAAGGAAGCUUCAGGAUGCUGAGACCGAAGAGAACCCGCUGUCGCCCAGGAAGAAGACCCAGCCUAACAAACAGGCCGAUGAGGACAGUGACAUGGCAGAAGAGGAUGAGCAGAAUGAGGAAGACAGAGAGGAAAAAGAUGCCGUCAAAGACAAAAAGAAAAAGGAAACAAAGAGCGAGACGGGAAAAGAUGAACAACAUAGCAGCUCUGACAUUUUUGCGUACUUGGGUUCCACAGCUGAACGUACCUCGGUGACCAUCGACGACCCAGAACAACCUUGCCCUUCACCUGAUGAUAAGAGCGGAAGUAUCACCUCAGAGACUGAGAACAAAGUGGAGGCAGAAAACUUCAGCGAGGACGUAACAUGUGUGAUAAUCACAGAGGAAGAGGAGGUCCAGUCCGCACCCGCCUGCCUCCCAUCACAGCUCUCAGCAGAAGAAACGACUGUCCCCUGCCAUGAAGAGACAAAAGAUGAGGAAGAAGAUAAAGCAAAAAAAGCAAACCUGGAGGAGGACGAACUGGAAAGUCAGAGGAACGUUGCAGAAGAGACGGAGAUAAGAAGACAGAUGAUCAGGCAGGAAAAUUCUGAUCACCAGUACUCAAGUGGAGAUUACAAAAAUCAGGCCAAAGAGUCAAAACCAAUAGAGAACAAUGAGACUGAAGAAGAGGAGGAGGCAGAGGACGAAGAGGAGGAGGAGGGGGAAGAGGACGAAGACGAUGGAGCAGUGAGACAAGUUGAGACAGUUUUCAUUCAGGAAUCUGAAGCAACUAUGUCCCUCGGGGAAGAGCAGUGCGACACCCUCAGGGCCGAGGAAGAAGCAGCAGAGGAGAAGCAAAGCAGAAAAGUGGAGCAAGAAGAAGAGGAAGAAGACGAGGAAGAAGAAGAUGAAGAAGACGACGAGGAAGAAGAAGGAAACUCAAGCAAAGCCUCUCCGAGCACAGUCAUCAUCGAAGUUCACGCAGAGGAGGAGGAACACGAGGAGGAUGAGGAGGAGGAAGAAGACGACGAGGAACUGGAGGAGGACGAAGAGGAAGAGGAAGAGGAAGAGGAGGAAGACAGGGGAGAGGAAUUGGAUCGCGUCUCGGAGGGAUCGGGCGUCACGGAUGACUCUGAAAACUGGGACAUGACUCGAGGGAACCUGGGGCUGCUGGAGCAGGCCAUCGCUCUGAAGGCAGAGGAGGUCCAGGGAGGUCAGGAGAGCAGCAGUUCUGUCGACUACCAACCGUGCAACACCUCCGUGAAGAACUCUGACGGUUCUGCCGGAGUCCGCCGCUCCACCCACUGUAGCAAAGAAAAGAAGGAAGUAAAGUGUCCAACUCCAGGUUGUGACGGAACAGGCCACAUCACCGGGUUGUAUCCUCACCACCGCAGUCUUUCUGGAUGUCCACACAAAGACAGAAUACCUCCAGAGAUUUUGGCCAUGCACGAAAAUGUCUUGAAGUGUCCCACUCCCGGCUGCACCGGCCAAGGUCAUGUGAACAGUAACCGCAACACACACCGCAGCCUGUCCGGUUGCCCCAUAGCAGCAGCAGCUAAGCUGAACAAGAACCAGGACAAGCAGGUUCAUCUACAAGCUUCAGCCAGUGAACCAACUUCCAACUCUGACAGAGUGCUAAGGCCGAUGUGUUUUGUGAAACAGCUGGAGAUCCCUCAGUACGGCAGCUACCGUCCCAACACAGUGACAACCACACCUCGAGCUAACCUUGCCAAGGAGCUGGAGAAAUACUCCAAGGUUUCUUUUGACUAUGCAAGCUUUGACGUCCAAGUGUUUGGAAAGCGUAUGAUUGUUCCAAAGACGCCCGACACUACUGACACAUCCGCUAAAGUUUUCAAAUCUAAACCAUUUUCCAAGGCGUCCUCCCCAAGCCAUGGCACAUCAGGAGGUUUUGCCAAGAACACCCCGUCCUCUAGUGGUUACGACUACAGCCAGGAUGCAGAGGCAGCCCAUAUGGCAGCAACAGCAAUCCUCAACCUGUCCACCCGCUGCUGGGAGAGACCGGAAACCUGCAGCACUAAACUCCAGGAGCCUUGCACCAAGGAGGUCGCGAUUGAGGUGGAUGAGAAUGGCACCUUGGACCUCAGCAUGAAAAAGACCAAGAGAGAGGACAUACAGUCUGCAGAGACUGCAUGUUCUUUGCCUUCCUCCUCUCAACUUGUGGAUGCCACGUUGUCUCAGGACCAUCCUCAGUCAGAUUGGGACGGUCCACUAGAUUUCACCAAAUCCAGUGAAGACAAGGAGGAAGACCAUGAAGAGAUGGAAUACACAGCUCCUUCAUAUACAUCAUCUGAUGAUGACGAAGAGAACCAAGAAAACUCAGAGGACCGGAAAUACCCCGGUGAAGUCACUACCAGCAGUUUUAAAGUCAAGUUUCAGCCCAAAGACAGCAAAAAAGAAGUUAUUGUAUGUCCAACACCAGGCUGUGAUGGCAGUGGGCACAUCACUGGCAAUUAUGCGUCACAUCGAAGUCUGUCAGGCUGUCCUCUUGCUGAUAAAUCACUUCGGACCCUCAUGGCUGCCCACACAGCUGAACUGAAGUGUCCGACUCCAGGCUGUGACGGAUCGGGCCACAUCACUGGAAACUAUGCGUCGCACAGGAGUUUGUCUGGAUGUCCACGGGCCAAGAAAGGAGGAGUCAAAUCAGCACCUUCCAAGGACGACAAGGAAGAAUCUGAGCUGCUGAGGUGUCCAGUUCCUGGCUGUGACAGUCUUGGACACAUCAGUGGAAAGUAUGCUACCCACCGUAGUGCCUAUGGCUGUCCACUUGCAGCAAAGCGACAGAGGGAAGGUCUACUAAAUGGCACUCCUUUCUCUUGGAAGGCCUUUAAGACCGAAGGCCCGACCUGCCCAACACCAGGCUGUGAUGGUUCUGGUCAUGCUAAUGGCAGUUUCUUGACACACCGCAGUCUCUCAGGUUGCCCGAGAGCUCCAGCCAGCAAGAAGAAAGUCAAGCUUCCUGGAGACGAAUAUAUAACAGCAAAGUUCAGAGCGAGCGACGUUCUGGAUAAUGAUGAAGACAUCAAGCAGCUGAACAAGGACAUCAGUGAACUGAAUGAGUCCAACGCAGAGAUGGAGGCUGACAUGAUGAAUUUGCACACUCAGAUUUCUUCAAUGGAGAAGAACCUCAAGAGCAUGGAGGAGGAAAACAAACAGAUAGAGGAGAAGAAUGAAGCUUUGUUCUUGGAGUUAUCUGGUCUGAGUCAGGUAUUGAUUCGCAGCCUGGCCAACAUCCGCCUGCCUACCAUGCAGGAGCCGGUCUCCGAGCAGAACUUCGAUAAUUAUGUGGAGACUCUGACGUACAUGUUCACCAAUAAAGACUGCUACCAAAACCCCGACACCCGGGCCCUGCUGGAGUCCGUCAGUCAAGCAGUAAAAGGCAUAGAGGUAUGAUGCAAGACGACGACAAAACAAGCAGCUGCCACAUUUCUCCUGAGUUCUUACAUAUUGUAUGUGAUCAUUCUUCCUACUCGGUUAUUUAAUAACACCAUUAGGGGUUUUUUUGGGGGGGGGUUUUAAGCAUGUGGUUGGAUGACGUAUGAGCCAGAACAGACGACUGCAUGUCGGGUGUGUGUCACCGCACUGGUAUCCACAAGUUACUUUAAGUCAGGAAGACAAAGUGCAUAACCAGGAAAUGUGUGCAGAACAAAAUGAAAAAAAGCAGAAAAUAGCCUGAGCUUAAGUGACUUAGUUAUUAUCAUAUCCCAAGAAAUCUGAUAGUACUCUACGUUAGAAUUAGUGUUGUUGCACCUCCAAUACCUAGUUUGUAGGUUUAUUUUGCUAUUUUUGUGUAUCUAUUUGUGUCCUGUGCAAUUGUUAGUUGAACAACUAACUUCUCUGAUUUGCUGCAUUUCUAGCUAUUUAUUAUUAUUUAUCUGCUUCUUAAGUUAUUUCAAAAAUCCGAAUUUAAAAUAUUCCAACACAAUAAGAGACAAAUGGUCGUUUCCUUCAUGGCUGAACAAAGAGGAAAUAUUUUAAGAUAUCAACUAUGAAUUAUUUUCUAUAUCUUAUUGUUUAUUUAUGUACUGGGAUCUUUUUAUGUGCAAAAAUUUUGUAACUACAAGUUUUUAAAUAAUUUUGUAAAGAUUUUUGUGCUUCUGUACUUUUGCCUUUUAUUUCCCCAAACUAUUUUGAAUACACUGCUAUACAGUAAAGGAAAGGAGGCGGAGUUGUGCAUAUUUGGUAUUUAUUUGGUUAUAAAAAAAAAACAACAACAAGAAGUGAUGGUGAAUAUUUAUUUUUUAUUGUCUAUGUGCAAAUGAUGGUUGUAAAUUAAUUAGCCUUUACCUUCAUCUUGAAAUAAAAGUAAAGCUACCAUAAA